UUGAAAACACGCAAACUGCUAGUCAUACCCAUAACACCCUCCUGAAAACCAAAUAUUGUUCUCUAGUGUGGCUUUGUGCCGGAUCUUCCUUCCAGCAUAAUAACAGCAAGAUCACAUUCUAGUCCCAACUAUUCUGCUUUAUGACAAUAGUGGAGGAGUUGGUGGCAGGCGCAAUGUUGCUAGUCUUGGGACCAGCAUGAAUUGCUUGGAACAAAAUGCCCAUUGUUUGGCCUCUGACGUUGUUGCUUCGCAUUGGGUGGCCCUGAACACUACACAUCCUGGGACUCUCUUAAAAAGAUGCCAUUGAGAUGCAUGUGGCUCACACAAUCCUUCUGCCUCCUACUGAGAACUGUUCCUAUCACUUCCAUUCUUCUGAGGAAACACUGUCUAGCAAGCCCUGCAUAAUGUGCAACAAAUUUGUGGGAAGCUGGAAACUUGUCUCUAGUGAAAACUUUGAUGACUACAUGAAAGAACUGGGGGUGGGGUUGGCCACCAGAAAACUUAGCAGUUUGGCCAAGCCCAAAGUCAUCAUCAGCAUGAAGGGUGAUGAGGUAACAAUCAGAACUGAAAGUACCUUCAAAAAUACACAGAUCACUUUCAAGUUGGGGCAGGAAUUUCAAGAAACCACUGCAGAUGACAGGAAAACAAAGACUGUUGUAACCUUAGAAAAAGGUGCAUUGGUUCAAAUGCAGAAGUGGAAUGGCAAAGAAUCAACAAUAAGGAGGAAACUAGUUGAUGGGAAAAUGGUGGUGGAAUGCACCGUGAAAGGUGUCACCUGUACAAGAGUCUAUGAGAAGAUGUGAGGAAUCUCCAAGUCCCUACUCAACUGAAUCUAGUUUGUCUGAUUCACAUUAUUUCUGUGGGGAAGCGGGGGAGCUAAACAUCAUGCCCUUUCCCCUCUCAAUUCAUUUUACUAUAGAGCGUCUAAGCUGUAAACAUAGAUUUAGAAAUGGCUGUAUAAGCAAAUGUGGAAGUAUUUGUGAUUCAAUAAAUGCUUACCGCUAUC